GGAACAGGAUACAGGCUACUGGCUGAAAACCCCCUGUUCAGCAACGGGCUGGAGAUGGACAUCCCUCAACUAGAUAACUGCAUCAGCUGGCUGUUAGAGGAGGCCCUCUCAGGUAACGAGGAGCAGAAACCAGUUGACUGUCCUCUGAGAGCAGACAUGAGCGUCCUGGUGGAGCUGGCCCUGGGCUCCACGAAGGAACCCACCAACAGUCUCUGGAGCAACAUGCAGGACUACGCCACCAGCAAAGACUGGGACAACGCCUCUCUCUGUAAUGAGAUCUUAUUGGACACCGUGUCCAGGUUUGUCCUGGCUGCUCUGCUGAAGCACACCGGCCUGCUGGACCAAGCCUGUGGAGAGGGCAGGUACCAGCCUUGUAAGAUGCUGGCUGAGGUCUACCGUUGUGUCUACAAGGUCCGGAACCGCCUGCUGGCCUGUAAGAACAUGAACGUCGUCCAGACACGCUCGUCUUCCCGGGAGAGGAGGAUUUCAGACAAUCAGGACUCGCUGGAGAUGGACCCCCAGGAGCACUCGUUCACGAGGACCAUCGACGAGGAGGCGGAGCUAGAAGAGAGGACGGACCGAGAAAGGGAGGAUGUGAAUCAGGAGCAGGAUGAGGAAGAGGAGGAGAGAGAGCACGAAGUCAUGACCGCUGGGAGUGAGUGGUUCACUUUACUGCAAUGACACAACACUCUCACUGAAUGUACUCCUACCAGACUGUCACUGAAUAGACUGUCACUGA